AUGCAAUAUCAUGUUUCUAAAUAAGAUGUUUUGGGAACUCUCCAAGAUGUCUUCAUAAAAAAUAAUCAUCAAUAGGAGAAUUAAAAGCAUUCUAAAAUACUAUAGAAACCUUGUUCUGUUAUUAAAAGCAAUCUAGAAUCCAGUACAAGCAAAAACAAGUUGGAGCGGUAUUUGGAAAAGUAUUAAUGUAUUAAAGAAUAACAUUUUAGAAAGAAAAUAAUUGCAAGAUGAAAAUAAUAUUUCCAUUGCUUAGUCUAUUUAAAAUACAAAUAAUAUCAAAGUGCAACAAAAAUUAAAUGAUAGUCAAACAGCUUAUUCAAGUAAGAUGAGUUUUCCAAGAGAGAACACAGAGAAUGAUGACAAAGAACAAUAAUUAACAGGAGUGGGACUAUCUCAAUAUAUGUCAUAAUUAUAGCAAUCAAAACUACAUUGUACAUUUAUGAAUUAGUAUUGUCAAACUGAACCAUAGAAAAAAUAAAUGAUUAUUUAAGGUUUAAAUGAGUCUGUUUAAGAUCAUAAUGAAUCUAGUAACUCUGUUAUUGAUGAAAUUAAAUUAUUGAGCAGUAAACACACUCAAUAGAAUACAAUAUGCUAGUAGAUUUAAUUGAGUCUCCUACUAUAAAAAGAAUAGUCUAUUAAACAAGACUUUUCAUGUUAAUUUAAUACUGAAAUCAAGUAAUAAGUUGAUAAUUAAUAAAUUAAUUAAAUUUGUUAAAUUAAUCAAGAAAAUAAAAUACAUAAUUAAAUUGAUUUUGGAUGUUAAUAUGAUGAAUCUCAUAAUCAAGUAAGUCUAAUUUUAGAUGAUGAAAUUCCAAAGAAUAUUAGAAAUAGAAGUAGAUGUCAAACAUCUGCUAAUCAAAAAAAUAAAAAUAAUUAAAUUAAUAGUGAUGAUCAAAUAACUUUCUUAGAAUAAGGUAUAAAUCUUAUAUAUUUAGAAUUACAAUUAAGAGAUGAAAUGUUAGAAACUAAAACACGUAUUAUUACUGAUAUGUAAUAAUAAUUAAGUGAUUUCUAUAAGAUUUUUAAUAAAGAGAGUGAUAUUGAAGUUGGUUAAUAGGAUUUAAAUUCAUCUAAAGAUAGUGAUCAUUGGAAGGUUGAUGAAUUGAAUAGAUAAUUAGAGAAUGAUGUAAAUAUCUAAGACUAAUUAACAUCACUCAUGUUGAAAUAUAGUGAUGAAAUCUUAGAAUUAAAGAAAAUUCUUGAUGAUACAACUGAAUAAAAUAGAAAAUUGAAGGAAGAACAGGAAUAAUUAAUAAUUCAAAUUACUUAAUUAAAAUAAUAAUUAGUAGAUGUGGAAGAAAGUAAAAAUAAAGAAAUAGAUAUAAUCAAUUAGGAUUAUUAAGAUAAAUUAUCAAAAUAGAUUAUGAUAAUUGAUGAAUUACAAUCUCAAAUAUGUAGUAUUCAAACUAGUCCAACUGACAUCCCUUUGGCUUCUAUUUAAACUACAAUGAAUAAUAUAACAGAACAACAUAUGGAUGAAGUUGGGUGUGAAUCUUAAACUACAAAGACAAUUAAUAAUUAAAAGGCUAAAAAUGUCUUAAAGCAUAUCAACAAAAUGACUAUUAUGACUGCUGGUUGGAUGUCAAACAAAUAAGAUUAUGUUACUCUUGGAGUCUUAGGAAGAAUUGAUUAGAUUAAGAGUUAAACUAAAUUAGAUUCUUUCAAAAAAUUAAAUUGA